AUGGAUCAGUGUGGUUUGGCACAGUUACCAAUGAGUGGUAAUCAGUUCACAUGGCAAACGGGCAAAGGCACUCCUGGAUGGAUUCAGGAAAAAUUGGAUAAGGUACUAGUCACUAACCGCUGGAGAGAUAUUGUGAAUGGGGCCACAGUUGCAAAUCAAUGGACUAGACGGUCUGACCACUCAGCUAUCUUCAUGGGGAUUCGACAAUAUGGGGGUAGGAGGGCUGGGGGCCGAAGGUUUCGUUUUGAGAUGGCAUGGCUCUAUGAUGAGGGAUGUAGAGCGGUAGUGGCUGAGUCAUGGGAGGAGGGAAGAGAUAGGGGAGCACAAGGCUGUAUUGCACAUUGUGGGAACCGGUUAACCCGAUGGGGGGGACCGGUACCAUAA